GCGGGUGUUGCCGGGAGCUGUAGUCCUGGCGGAGGAUGCGAGGGGCAGCGGCGGCGUUGGGAGGCCGGGUGUGUCGGUGGCUGAGCGGGGCGGCCAUGGCCAACGGGGAAGGGGCCCACAUGGGGCAAAGGAUGGUCUGGGUGGACUUGGAGAUGACGGGGCUGGACAUUGAGAAAGACCAGAUCAUUGAGAUGGCUUGCCUCAUAACGGAUUCGGACCUGAACAUCUUGGCAGAAGGGCCUAACCUGAUCAUUAACCAGCCGGAUGAGCUGCUGGAUGGCAUGUCUGAAUGGUGCAAAGAACAUCACGGGAAGUCCGGCCUAACCAAGGCUGUGCGAGAAAGCACAAUUUCUCUACGCCAAGCGGAGUACGAGUUUCUGUCUUUCAUCCGACAGCAGACACCGCCAGGGCUCUGCCCCCUUGCAGGAAACUCCGUUCAUGCAGACAAGAAGUUUCUCGACAAGCACAUGCCACAAUUCAUGAAGCAUCUUCAUUACCGGAUCAUUGACGUCAGCACUGUCAAAGAGCUGUGCAGGCGCUGGUACCCAGAAGAUUAUGAGUUUGCACCGAAAAAGGCGGCUUCUCACAGGGCCCUUGAUGAUAUCAGGGAGAGUAUCAAAGAACUCCAGUUCUACAGAAACAGCAUCUUCAAAAGGAAAACAGAUGAAAAGAAGAGGAAACUAGUGGAAAACGGUGAAAGUGAAAAGUCUGCCAGUUGAUCUCGCAACCCGGUUCCUGAGCAUAAGCUCAAGCGCCCAGGAGCACCUCCUGCUUCUUCCUUUAAAAGUUUCUUCCUGUUCAUUCUCAGUUAAAGAAAUGACUCCUUUCUGUUCGCAAGAAGGUUAACAAAGACUCAGGGUUGGGUAUGGCAGCUUUCCUGCAUCUGAGCUGUGAGCCAGUGCCUUUAACCCUUAGCGACUGUUUGUUUCACGAUUCAGAAGUCUUUCUGUUGUUAGAGAAUAUCUUGUUUGCUUUUAGGGGGCCUUCUUUUGUUCCAUAAUAAUUUUUAAAAGCCCUAAUUUCACUAAAAGAUUUCAGUGUCUGCUGUCAUAUUUUCUUUUCAUUUCCCCUGCUAUGUCAUGGCUUCUGUUCAUGAGGCUGGAACUUGCAGAAGUGCUUCCAGGGAGAUGAAACUCCAUUGACAGAACGCAUCACCGCCUCAAACUCAGUAUUUUCAGCAGAGUAAACUCACACAUCCAGUUGUGUGCAACUCUGGAAAGGGUUAGCAUAUUUACGUUCACACAUUGCAUGUGUGAAUGGACAAGCACAAGCUUAGCACCACAGAAGAUUUGGGCCAUCACCCCAAACAGAGUGUUUGUCAGAUGGGGAAUUGUCUUACAGCAUUUGCCUUUUUAACAAAGUGUUGUGCUUUUUAGAAUAACUUAUUUAAUAUAACACCUGAAAAGACAUCUGAGACUUGAUACAAAUCAGCAGUCUAUGCAAUAGAAACACUGAUGUAAUACAUUUCAUGUAGCAUUUGAGACACUUAAGGUCUCACUGGCUGUGUUUGUGUGUUCGUUAUGUCUCCCUUUAGAUACUCCUAAGUCAGUUAAGGGUUACCAGUUUGAGAAAGACAAGGCAUGUUCAGUAGAUCUCUCCAAAGUCUGCUCAGACAAAGCUUCCAAUCUGAUUAUUUAUCUACCCAAUAAAGGGCAUUGGCAUGUCUAA